AUGAGCAGAGACCAAUACGUCUACAUGGCGAAACUCGCCGAACAAGCCGAGCGUUACGAAGAGAUGGUCCAAUUCAUGGAACACCUCGUAACCUCCUCAACCCCAUCCACCGAACUCACCGUAGAAGAGCGUAACCUCCUCUCCGUCGCUUACAAAAACGUGAUCGGAUCUCUACGCGCCGCGUGGAGGAUCGUCUCUUCCAUCGAGCAGAAGGAAGAGGGUCGUAAGAACGAGGAACACGUGUCGCUCGUCAAAGACUACAGAUCUAAAGUGGAGACAGAGCUCUCCACGAUCUGUACCGGGAUCCUCAGGCUUCUCGAUACGCAUCUGAUACCUUCGGCUAGUGCUAGUGAGUCCAAAGUGUUUUAUUUGAAGAUGAAAGGGGAUUAUCAUCGGUACAUGGCUGAGUUUAAAUCUGGUGAUGAGAGGAAGACUGCUGCUGAAGAUACUAUGGUUGCUUAUAAGGCUGCUCAGGAUGUUGCGGUUGCUGAUCUAGCGCCUACGCAUCCGAUUAGGUUGGGUUUGGCUCUUAAUUUCUCGGUGUUUUAUUAUGAGAUUCUUAAUUCUUCGGAGAAAGCUUGUAGCAUGGCUAAACAGGCUUUCGAGGAAGCGAUUGCGGAGCUGGACACAUUGGGAGAGGAGUCAUACAAAGACAGUACUCUCAUCAUGCAGUUGCUAAGGGACAAUCUAACCCUCUGGACCUCUGAUAUGCAGGAGCAGAUGGAUGAGGCCUGA